AGAAAGUGGUAGGAGAGUGAGGCAUCUCGCACUUUGUACUCUCUCUUACUAGUUAAGUACGACUGGGACUUCACUUGAGAAAAUGAGCAAUUCCGGGGAAAACAAAGCGACCACAACUCCACACAUAGUGAAAGAGGAGCUCAUAGCUGCAGGGAACUGGGUGAAACUGGAGAAGACCACUUAUGUGGAUCCUGCUGGAAAAACUAGAACCUGGGAGACAGUGAAAAGGACCACCAGACAGACCAACACAGAUGCAGAUGGCGUGGGGAUCAUCGCUCUGCUCAAGCGGACGCUGCACAGAGACUGCGUGGUGAUGGUGAAGCAGUUCCGUCCUCCGAUGGGAUGCUGCUCACUGGAGUUUCCUGCAGGAUUGAUUGAUGAGGGCGAAACCGCAGAAGCGGCUGCACUGAGAGAGCUGAAGGAAGAAACCGGCUACAUAGGAGAGGUAGUCGGAGUCACCCCAGUGACCUGCCUGGACCCCGGUUUGUCCAACUGCACCACGCAGAUCGUGAUGGUCAACAUCAACGGAGACGACGUGGUGAAUAUCAACCCGAAGCAGCAGCUGGGUGAAGGAGAAUUUGUUGAAGUUAUCCUUUUGCCACUGGAUGAAUUCCAGGCUAAAAUAGACGAUCUGCUCCGGAAAGAGAAAAUCGUGGUGGACGCCAAAGUUUACAUCUUCGCCAUGGGCAUGGUUCAGGCCUUCUUCAAGCCGAGCGAGCUGCCGGUGCUGAAGCAGUGAAGGAAAGAGCCGACGAAGGAGUCUGGAAUUUUAACGUCUGCUUCUUUGCGUCUCCUGCGGAGUGGUGGACGUCAGAUGAGACGACGCAGCUCGUCUCUCAGCCUGAAACACGAUUCAGGCUUCAAUCCGACAUGUAGCACCUUUCAGAUUGUUAAUAUGAUUGUGAGAUUACAUGCAGGUUGUUUGGAGUUUUACAUUUGAAGACAUUCCCUAACUUGCACUAAAACUAUUAAACGUGUCUCUCUUUUUCUGAAACUAAAAAACUGGACCAUUCAAGCUAUCAUCCUUCUUCUGGAUUUUCUCUAAAGUCAUUCUGCAAAAUCAAGGAUGCACUUUUUAGCUGUGGGGAAUGUAGACAAGCUUUGAUGUUUAAUGAUUAACAGACGGUACCGCUGUGCCUACAGGUGCAAUUACCUGGAUAUUGACAUUGUGCUUAACAUGGAAAGUAGGAAUUUACUGACUAAUGAAUAAAUGUGGGACUAAUGUUUGUA